AUGGCGGAUAUCGAAUUGGAAGUUAUCAAGUCGUCCGACAAGGUGGAAAAUGGCAACGACUCGGGUGAGGGAGGGAGCGAUAUGGUGGAAGCGAAAGAGGAGCCUUCCACAAAGACAAAAGGCAUAAUCACUGGAAGCAUGGGGUCUUCAUCACUUCAAUACUCGAAUCAAAGCUCUCCUCAAUCUGAUGCCCCGAAAAUCCGAUCUCAGGACAAGGGGAAGCAACCAGCGGCACGAGAGACGCAAUCAAGUGCAGAUGAGCGAAAUACCUCAACAAUUGAUCUAACGAAACACAAAGGGAAAGAAUUGCAAGUGGAUCACGAAGCUGCCGAAUCCCAAUUGCAGAUUAAUGACUGGGUUGCAACGCGAUCUAGCUCUCUAAACACAUUUGAGUCCAAAAAGCAACAUCAGAUUCAGGAUGAAGCUCUCGUUACAUUACCUAUUCCCACUGUAGAGCUGCAACGGCUGGUCAAAUACAGCAUAAGGAUUUUAGAGGAAGGGAGAUACAGGGCAGAGCAGAAUGAACAGAAGUUCCAGCACGAUUCUGUACAUUUUAUGCAGCAAAACUCUGUUGCUGAAACAUCCGAUGUCACUGGUGGGAGAAAGGACAAAACAACCCUUGGACAAUCAAAACUCUUGAAAGAGGCUUCGGAAAAUGAUAUCAAUAUGGAGAUCUUGGAUGGUUUAACUAAAGCAGAAACCUUCAAGCAGAACUUUGAAAAAGCUUGGUCGGAAUAUUUCGAAGAUUUUUUUAUCGAAUUUCACGGAAGUGCUAGUAAAAUCGAUGACCUGAAUAUUGUAUCGCUGAAGGCAAUUGGAAAUCUCGAGAUUUGCUGGACAGAUCUCAUAGAGGAACAUCUUUUCUUAGACCCAGCUGCCAGAAAAUUAUAUCUUGCGUGGACAAGGAUGGAAGAAGGGGAAGGAUUUGGAAAAUUGCAGGAAGCGUGGCUCGGCAUAAGUGACAUUUUUCCAUUCCGAUAUUAUCGUCAAUUUGCGCUAUUGGGUUCCCACUUGAAUGCAAGUGUUUCCACUUCUUGGGGAAUGUUUUUCUCUCAUAAACUUGGGAUACCAAGACAGCAGGAAGGGUAUUUACAAAGAGCAUUAAAAUUUCUCCAUCCUAAUCAUGAUCACAUCUUGGAACUCAAACGGGCGUAUGAAAGCAUUACUUUCCACAACUCUGAAAAUGCCUAUAUUAUUGAAACUAGCCAGAAAUAUCCAUGGCAACGAUUUUUUCGCGACUCCGCGCACAUAAAUACUGCUGGGUUCGAAGUUAUGCGCGAAUAUCAUCUACAAUUCGCCGGGGGACUCACCGAGGCACACAGCACGGCUCGCAAAGCCCACCAGAAAUUUGCCUUGCAAUUCUCAGAAUUUGACCUCUUGGAAGAUCGAGUUCGUCGACUAAGACAUUACAUGGACAGCCAGAAGCCUCGAGGAUUUCGACAACUUUGGAGAGACAAGAGAGAUGUGUUGAAUUAUUGUACAUUUUGGGGGGUAAUAAUAUUCGGAGCGUUAAGCGUGUUUCUAGCCUUUGCAUCUCUUGCUGUCGGCAUUGCUCAAGCUGUUGCUUCUUUCGAGGCUCUAAAUCUGCGCCCUCUCUCUAGUCAAGCAUAG